GAGAGAGAGAGAAGAAGAAAGGUAGGGAGAGAUGGAUGAGAAAAGAGAGAGAAAGAAGAUGAACAUCGAUGUCGGGGUAUACACAGAGCCGUCGCUAUAAGAUUAAAAUAAUUGUUAAGAGUGCUCGCGAGAAUAAAUUUCUGAAAUCUGCAAAUAUGUAUAGUUAAAAGGAAGUACAGCUUACCAAGAGCGUGUUACGAGUCGCGCAACGAAAUUCGCUGCUAUCCUCGCAACGUUCGUUUCGGUCUAGAGGCCGAAUCGAAUCGAUUCUUCUGUACGAGCAACGCGUUCGGUUCGUUGUCGUCAACUGUGUCUCGCACUGUUGUCGAAUUAUGGGUUCGAUCGUCCUAAAAUCUCUCUCGGUUCUUCUCGGUAUAUUCUUUGUUUUCGUCGGUACGAUGAAGUUAACUUCGCACAUUAGCAAGGAUCUACACAAAGAUUUGAGAAAGGAGUACGUGAAAUACGCAAAGGUAUUCCCACUUUCCGGCACGCUGGAUUUUAAGGUACCGAGUAAAUGGUACAGAAGAGUUGUCGGAUCGCUCGAGAUCAUUUGUGGACUUGCAAUGGCGUUAGUUCCGAGUCAUAAAAUAAAAAAUGCAUCAAACACGGUUCUGCUCUUAUUGAUGUUGAUGGCCGUGUAUUCUCAUUACAUGGUAAACGACAAAUUUGAAAGGAUUGCUCCAGCAUUGGUAUUCUUCUUCAUGCUGACAGGACGAUUGGUGAUCGAUUGGCAACUUAGGCGAGAUGAUGUGCAACCAGUCACGGCAAACGGGGUCGAUGAUAAAUCUAAAAAACAGGACUGAAUUUUUUAAUUCUUUUGACAAGUAAUCAUCGAGCAGAGUAAAGAAAUUAAAAUCCUCUUCGUUCUAAACGAUUCCUGUAUAUUUCGAGAAUUCGAAUUCCAGUCGAACUUCCGGGUUUUUGCAUGUUUUAUUUGCACGUUCAGUUUUCACGGCUCGCGUAUCACCCUUCCUACGUAUCUCCUUUGUUUAGAAGCACCUGUGUUGGCCUGUUUUAUGCAAGAAAUUCUUUUUUCAAUCGGUAAAGAAUUAAUAUCGCUUCGAUCGAGCGAACAAGCAACCGAGGGUCGUGCAAAACACAUUAUUAGCUCAAGCACAAGGUAAUUAUUAACUGCCACUCGAAUUAAUGUGUUCUUCUUGAUAUCGUGUUAAGAUGUAACAUUAUGUCCUUAGAUAAUAAUUAACGGUAUCAACGUAUUAUAACGCACACGCGUAUGUACACUCUUGUUUUCCCCGUUGCUAUCUUCUAUUUAUGUACGUAUUAUUCGCGAGUUUCCUCCAAAUUUAUCCAACCGCAUUUAUCUUUAACGUUCAGUUUAUGGAUCGACAUAAAUCAGACGUAAAUCAGACGUAAAUCAGAUAUAAUUAGAAAGCAACGGGAAAAUAAGGAUAUCGAAUGAAAUUACACGUAAGAACGUGAAAUAAAAAUUGACGAAUUGAAAAUACCGUUUGUUCACGCUCACGUUUAAAACGUAAGAACAAUACGAUAUAUACGUAUGUGCGUUAUGAAUGUUGUUACCUGUAGUUCAUCCAACGAGAUGAAACAGUAAAUGUGUAGAAAUUCACGUGCUCGAAACAUGCCCGCCGACUCACGGUAUACAGACCUCGAGCGAAACGUUUAAACAUGUACUACUGAUUUUUCUCGUUGAAUGGUCUACAAGUCUCACCUACCAACGGUGUAUGCCUUAAACGUACACGCACGUGAAAAUAUGGAACUGAAUAUUGAAACGCGUAUACAUUGUAAAUCUAGAUACAACAGAACCUCCCCUCCCUCCAAUGUGAUUAUCGGUUUUUACUUUGACCAAAAUCCAUGGUAGAUUUCUCGAUACCAUUCUUUAUAAGUAUAAGCGAAAGAAGAUAUUACAGUUUUACCACGAAUCUGUAAAGUUUUGCACUCACAUUGUGCUACUCAGUUUCGACGAUACAUUUCAGUAAUAACAAGUUUAAAUACGAACGCCGAUUUUACAUACAACAAAAUAACAUGAUAUUUAAAAAAUACCUUUAAUAUGUUCGGCGUGGCUGCAAUGAUGUAAACAAUUCAAUAAAUAACUUAUUAUUUUUA